AUGUCUGACAAAUGGAUAGAUAGAUUCAGUGAUUUGACAUACUAUGGCCGAAAAUGGGAAGAAUUGGAAGAAAUGGAUGAACAAUACCAUCCACCCUCGACCAAGACACACUUUCCAGCUGCAGCACCAAAAACCAAUAGAAAAACAGUAAAAGCCUCAGCCGUACAGAAAAUUAGGACAAAUUCUAACAUGACACGUGAAAACUCUCAAAAUAAUAAUGGAAAAGACAAUACAGUAAAUAACAAUCAGAUCAAUGGCAAAAUGAAUAACCGGAACCAACAGACACAAGGUUACAGUCAAGGUCAACAAGUAUCAACAUCGAAUGGCGUGGAAACAAGAUGGAAUUUACCCUCACUGAUACUGUUUCAAAACAAUCAAACAGAUAAUACAAUGAAUAAUGAUAAUCAGACCGACAGACAAAACAAAGAACCAUACAAAUGCUACCAAGGUGAUCAUAACUACCGACAAUGCCCAAAGAAUCCUUGUUUCUUCUGUUACCAACCAGGUCAUUAUGCAGCAUCCUGCCCAAAAAGAGAAUCUUUAUUCCCAAAAACAGGACCUAAAAGAAAACAGACACACUGCCAAGUUUGGGAAAUCACCAUGAAAAUGGCCUCCCACAUAGAAAUUGAUACAGACUCGGAAGAAAAUACUUGCCCAAUAUGGGAAAUAUCAUCAGGUGAUGAUAAAGGAAUAAAUGAUCAGUCAUCAGAUGAGGAUGAAAAUGAUACUGACAGAAAUACCGCUCAAAUAAAUAGACAGGAACUAUCUUGA